AUGGAGGCGCAAAGCAACAAGCCUCACCGGAAGCCUAAGGAGAAGAAGAAGCAUACCGGAGACAAUCCCAAGGCCUUUGCGGUACACAGGCCCGGAAAACUCCAAGCACAAACUGCACGAUCGCAGGAUAUAAAAGAAAAGCGACUCCAUGUUCCUCUCGUCGACAGAUUUCCUGAUGAACCUCCACCUCGGCUCGUGGCCAUCGUCGGCCCGCCCGGCGUGGGCAAGACGACCCUUCUCAAGAGUUUGAUCCGCCGAUACUCCAAGGAGACGGUCUCGAACCCUCAGGGACCAAUCACAGUCGUCACCUCGAAGAAGCAACGCUUGACUUUCAUCGAAUGCCCCAACGAGCUCGAGGCCAUGGUUGACGUCGCCAAAGUAGCAGACAUUGUGUUGCUGAUGAUUGAUGGCAACUUUGGAUUCGAAAUGGAGACAAUGGAGUUUCUGAACGUCCUGGCUGCAACUGGUAUGCCAGGUAACGUCUUUGGCAUUCUUACGCAUCUUGACCUGUUCAAAAAACCACACACCCUCAGGGAUGCAAAGAAGAGGUUAAAGCACAGGCUAUGGAGCGAGCUCUACCAAGGCGCACAUUUGUUCUACCUCUCGGGCGUUAUCAACGGACGUUAUCCCGACCGCGAGGUACACAACCUGUCACGAUUCCUCUCCAUUAUGAAGAACCCUCGGCCGUUAAUAUGGAGGAAUUCACACCCGUACACGAUUAUCGAUAGUUGGCGCGACAUCACGCACCCCACCAAAAUCGAGGAAAAUGAAAAGUGUGACCGGUCCAUAGUGCUCUCUGGAUAUUUGCGUGGCACAAAUUUCGCAUCGCAGGGCCAGAGGGUGCACAUACCUGGUCUGGGUGAUUACACUCUUGCAGAUGUGGAAGUUCUGCCCGACCCGUGUCCAACACCUGCUAUGGAGCAGGCGCUCGCCAAGAUCACCGGCAAGACCGGCCGGCGACGUUUGGACGACAAGGACAAGAAGAUGUACGCCCCAAUGUCGGAUCGGAGUGGGCUGCAAGUGGAUGGAGACGCCAUUUACAUUUACCGGGACAAAGGGUUCACGUUCGAUAAGGACGCCAAAGAUGUCGAGCGGGGCGAGGGUGAGGAGUUGAUAAUCAACCUCCAGUCCGAGAGGCGUCUCCUGGGUCAGACCGAGGACGGGGUACAGCUAUUCGCGGGUGGUGAGGAGCUCAAAGAGACCGGCGAUGACGACACCGGUCGCAAGAGCCACAGGCAGGCGAGAAUCGCUGACCAGGCCGAGGCUGAUGCUGAGGACGAUCUACGAGACGAUGACGAAGACUCCGAUGCAGACGAGGAUGCAUCGGACGUCGAGACCGAAUUCAACGAGAAAAAGCUGGGCAAGAUGUUUCGAAAAGACGCUGAAAAAGACGGGGACAACGAUGACGUUGCUUUCGCAGACAGUGAUUCGGAUCUGGGCUCAAUAUCAGGCGAGGAAGGCACAGAUGUGGACUCGAGUGAUGGGGAAGACUUUGACUCUGGCGACGAGGAGGCCGCUCUAAAGUGGAAGGAAAAUAUGGAGGAGCGAGCAAAGCAGCGCCAUGGGAAGAAGGCCCCGUUCCAGGCAGCAGACCUGGCACGAAUGUUGUACAACGACUCUCUGAGCAUACCUGACAUUCUGAGAAGGUGGCGAGGGGAUCAGGAAGACGACGAGGAUGAGGAAGAGGAUAUCGAGGAGGAUUCCGGAGACGAGACCUUCUUCAAAAAGUCCAAGAACGAGAAGGAGGAUCUCGCGGACGAUCGGUCGAUACCAACCUUUGACUACGACAGACUGGCAUCGUAUUGGUCAAACGAGGAGAGCAUUGAAGCUUUGAGGCAAAAGUUCACUACCGCUGCGUUGUUGGAUGACGAUGAGGGUGAAGAUGAAGACGGAGAUGAUGAUUUCGACGGCUUUGGCUCAGGAGAUGAGCGAGGCGAGGGUGACGAUGAUGAUGAUGAUGACGAAGGCGACGGCGCUUUCGAAGAUCUCGAAACUGGCGAGAAGCAUGGCCCGGUCGAGACAGGCCUGGAAGCGGAGCGGGAGAAGAAUGCUCGUCGGAAAGAGGAGCUCAAACUGAGGUUUGAAGAAGAGGAUCGUGAAGGCUUUAACAACGACAAAGCCAACGCUCGACGAGAGGGCGGAGGCGACGACGACUUCGGCGAGGACGAUUGGUAUGAUGCCCAAAAGGCCAUGAUACAGAAGCAGCUGGACAUCAACAAGGCCGAGUUUGAGAACCUGGACGAGAGACAACGAUUACUGGUGGAGGGCCACAAGGCGGGCAAAUAUGCCAAACUGGUCAUCGAGGGUGUGCCGGCCGAGUUUGUCAAGCAAUUCAACCCGAAGAUGCCAAUCAUCGUGGGAGGUCUCUCCGCCACCGAAGACAGAUUUGGAUUCGUCCAGGUGCGAAUAAAACGGCAUAGGUGGCACAAGAAGAUCUUGAAGACUGGCGACCCGCUCAUUUUCUCGCUGGGCUGGAGGAGGUUCCAGUCGAUGCCCAUCUACAGCAUUUCUGACUCCCGAGUACGGAACAGAAUGCUGAAGUACACGCCGGAGCACAUGCACUGCUUCGCCACUUUCUAUGGCCCCUUGAUAGCACCGAACACUGGUUUCGUCAGCUUCAACAACUUUUCGAACUCCAACCCCGGCUUCAGGAUAGCGGCAACGGGCACCAUUCUGAGCGUGGACGAGUCCACCGAGAUUGUCAAGAAGCUCAAGCUGACGGGUACUCCCUACAAGAUCUUCAAGAACACGGCCUUCAUCAAGGACAUGUUCAACACCUCGCUCGAGAUUGCCAAAUUUGAAGGUGCAUCCAUCAAGACAGUCUCUGGCAUCCGAGGUCAGAUCAAGCGCGCCCUGUCCAAGCCGGAGGGCCACUUCCGCGCGACCUUUGAGGACAAGAUCCUGCUCAGCGACAUUGUGUUCCUGCGGGCGUGGUACCCCAUCAAGCCGCACCGCUUCUACAAUCCCGUGACGAACCUGGUCGGGUGGCAGCGGGCGCGGCUGACGGGCGAGAUCCGCGCCGAGGAGGCGCUCCCGACGCCGCAGAACAAGGACAGCCAAUACCGCAAGAUCGAGCGCGCCGAGAGACACUUCAACCCGCUGCGGGUGCCCAGGAAGCUGGCGGCCGACCUGCCGUACAAGAGCCAGAUCGUGCAGACCAAGGUGCAGAAGAAGCCGACAUACAUGCAGAAGCGGGCGGUGGUGCUCGGCGGCGAGGAGAAGAAGGCGCGGGACCUGAUGCAGAAGCUGACGACGAUCCGCAAGGACGUCGCGGAGAAGAGGAAGGCCAAGAAGGACGAGAACAGGGCCGAGUUCAAGAAGAAGAUGGCCGAGAUGGCGGAGAGGAAGGCCGCGAGGGAGAAGAGGGAGACGAAGGAGUGGUGGAGCAAGGAGGGCAAGAAGAGGAGGUCUGGAGAGGAAGGCGGUGGCGGUGGGAAGAGGAGGAAGUAG